CUGUGGGUUUGGCCUCGGAAACGAGGCGGCGCUUUAAUUCAUACGACACAUGAAACUAAACUUGCGGCUUUGGAGGUCCACAGUCGGACAGCGGGUUCGUUGUUAAGCAGUUGGUCGUGUUUGUCAGGAGUUGCGCUGAGCGGCGUGGACUGACCGUGAACCUCACAACUUUAAGGAGGUCUCAGAGCUUCGAGAAGACGCUGCGCUGCGCUGCGCUGCGUGCUGAGCGUUUGUGAGCCGCUCUUGUGGGAACAGACCAUGUGCAGCCAGGAGUCACCUUAAGACUUUCCUCGACCUUCCUCUCCAUUCUUAAGCUUCCUAGCUCUCUCUGCCUCUCUUUUUCUCACUCGCUCUUUUUCUCAGAACAAACAAUCAUGCGUCGGUUCAGUUCGGAGGGAUCCCUGUUGGACCUGGACUUCCUGCCCUGGAAGAAAGUGGCUUUGAAGGAUGAGAACCACAAAAAAGAGGAGAAAACGGGCACGUACAGGCAGGCCUCGCUCCAGGAGGACGAAGUAGACAGGGGAGCCGUGUCCCUGCCUUCAACACCUGCUCCCCGUGAGACGAAGAAGGAACUCACUAAAGAGCACAGCAUUAGUGUGGAGAAUCUAUCUGACCUGGACAAGUCCUCGGGGUUCCUCAGGGUAACUGGCCUCAACGAAAGCUUCAAAGCCUACAGCGACAGCCAGCUGGCCCCGGAUACCAUCGGCAGCGUUGAAAGUGUGGAGAAGGAGGACAUCCCGCCUCCGUGUCCAUCAGCCUCAUCCAGCCCCUUCAACCAGGAGCACCACCACCAUCGAAUACAAGUCAGGGCCAAGUUAUCGGCAGCAAAACUGCAUCUGAAGAGUCUGUUUGGACAGAGUCCACACUCCUCCCAUUCAAAUCUUACGGCUGCGGAGCCCAGAGAGCAAGAAAGCAGUACCAAAGAGAGGCGCUCUCGUUUCCUGAAGCAGUGGAGUCAGGUGGGCCAUGGAAAGACCCGGCUCAACAGAGAAGAAGUGGAGAAAUGGGGCGAGUCACUUAAUGACCUACUAGAAAGCAGAGUGGGUGUGUCUGUGUUUGGAGCAUUCCUCCGCUCUGAGUACAGUGAGGAAAACCUACAGUUCUACUUGGCCUGUGAGCAGUACAGACAGUCCUCCAACACCUUCAGUCUGCAGAGACGUGCCAAAGAGAUCAUCGCCACCUACAUCCAGCCUGGAGCUCCCAGAGAGAUAAAUCUGGACAGUAAGACUCGGGACCUGACGCUGCAGCUUCUAAAGGCCCCGUCCCACAACUCGCUAUGCCACGCCCAGAGGCGCAUACGCUCUUUACUGGACACGGACUGUUACCCUCGCUUUCUCCAGUCCAACGUCUACCUCACGCUCUUGGCAGACGCUCAGUAGGACCACACUGGGCACGGAGACAAUGUGAAGAGCAGAAGGACAUUUAAUUGACUGAAAAAGAGUUACGGAUGGACAGAUGAACGCCUGAACGAAUAAGUGCAGGCUCUUUUUGGUCGGAAGCCUGAUUCCAAACACUGGUUUGAAAAUCCUGAAUAAUUAAUUGAUAGAAUGAGCACGACUACUGUUUUUUUUUUUUGUUUGUUUGUUUGUGUCCUCUGAAGUUAAAGAUUGUUAAUAUAUUAUGGGAAACAGAACCGAGUAGCAGUCUAAGCAAAUACAAGAAUGCUGACGUGGUCUUCUAGUGUAGUACAUCAUUGUCCAGAAAGGCAGCUGGCUGAAGUCAUGGACAUUACCAAGGCCUGUAAUCAUUAAGAUGAAACCUAACCGGAGCUGGUGCCCAUUACGUGUCAGUGAGCAAAAGCAGAAUGGCAUGCUGACAGAAAGGAAAAACCCGUUGGGCAAGCUUGGACCCUCCUGCCAAUGGAGGACUUGUAGAGCAAUAAUCAAAUCAAUGUGGAGAAACAAAGCUUCUCUUUAGGUCAGAUGAUAUAAGACACUCGUGUAAGGAAGUGGUCCCUUUCUAAAGCCUCAUUACAGUAACCUCCUCAACGGUUGCCGUGGAAUUCCUUUGUUUGGCAAACAGGAUUGUUGUAAUGUGAGCAAAGGAGCCGGGGCUGGGAAUAGAAUUCGUCUGUUGUUACUUGUUUUCACAUGGCUGUAUCAUUGACAUUUAGAAAUAAAUAAUGUUUUAUAUGGUUUCUGAUCCCUAACAUUGCUCACAAGUCUCAAGAUGUCAUGAGGUUUGUUCUGAACACCAUAGAUUAACGGAGCAGUUGGCAGAAAGCUCAACAGAAAGCCAUUUCGAAAGGUCACCAGGUGUAUUUUAUGUCCCAGUGUCCUCUAAAACACGCUGUAGAGUGUGAACUGUACCAGCAGGAUGAAGUGCUGAAGGAGACUCACUUUCAGCAGUUGCCAAGUUGGGUAAUUCCUGGAAAUGUUGUCAUUUUCAUCACUGCCCUCUUCAUAGAGCAGUAAUACGUUUGUGUACAUUUUAAGUGAGUCAUGCAUGCACACUAUUUCAGUCUUCAACAGGCAGCUUUAGCUAAAUGUUAUACUUACAAAUUCCUCUGUGAUAGCGCAAAUGAGUGCUAACGAUGACUGCAGUACCAGUGAUUACCACAAGAGGCUAAUGUAAUCAGUAUGUAAGAUCCAAGGCCAUUUUCCCCGUCACCCUUCAAAAUAUCUGCAUAAUUCAGUCGUUAAGAUGGUUUGAUGUGAAAUGGUGCAUCGUAGAAACGUACAGACCCUGAUUCCUCGACAGUUGUUGUGAAAGGAACCAGGAGUCACGACAUCUACAGCGCAAAUGUGUCCAUUUUAUUCGCCGUCCAAAACAAGUGACCCUACUUGGGUCUACUUUUACAACACCCUGCAUUUUCUGCUCUACC